AUUUUUGUAAACUAAAUAUGGAAGAGUCAGUAAUAUCAUAUGAAUAUUUUUUAUCAGCAAUUCAGAAAUUGUUAUUAUGUCAUCUUAAGGUCUUUUGCUUCAUAUUUUGCAUAUACGUUUUAUUUGGAGCUGCAUUUGAGUUUCGCUCAAUCCGAGUUUGUCCAAAUUUUGAAAUGCCAUGUCGUAACCACAUCAUCUAUAUCAAAAGGCCUGCAAUUUGCCUAAUUGUUCGACCAAAUACGUCCAGAUUGAGCUGUGUGGAACUGCAAGAUCUUUCAGCUGUUAUAAAAGCCAAUGGCCACAUCAAAUCUUUACACAUUCAACAUUCGAAGUCACUCGCAGGCAUAUCCUUUACAACAUGCAGCAAAAGCUCUACAUAUUAUUGCUGGCUUUGGUAGCGACUCUGGCUGCUGCUCAGCCUGCUACUCUGCUGCCUGCCGCUCCUGGCUUGUCCACGGCAGCCGCUGGUUUUAAUGGUCUCGCCGCUCCAGGAGCUGCUCCUUUGGCCAUCUCGAGCAGCCAGCGCCUGGACUACUUCAAUCAACUCAAUGCCGCCUUCGCACCAGCUGCUCGUCUGAUAGCCACUCCGUCGGGCUUGGCUGCUUUUCCCUCAAUUUUUGGUUUUCCACGCUUUGGACAACUGGCUGCAGCCAAUGCGCCUUUCAUCUUUUAAUGCUUAACUAUUUAAUUUAUAUAUAUUAUGGGCCCAAAUAAAAGUUUUAUAUCAUUUUA